UGAUUGCAUAUUCGGAAGUAUCCGGAAACCACGUGUAAUAGUUUGAAAAUGGCGACUCCACUAAAGAUUUUUCAAUUCACAGGCUCUUCCUUUUCCUCCUCUUCUAAUUCUCCUGGUCGCCUCACGUGGAAUAUAACGCAACAAGCAAAUAAUUAUCGCUAUCAGAUAAGCACAGCAUCAAUGAAGGACCUUCAUCGUAUGUUCCCUCAUCUCUUAUCGACCAUAUUUGGCUACGAUGGUGGGCCUGGGUGGAGACUGAAAUUUUGCAAUAAAAUUGAUCAUAAAACCCAGUAUCAAAGUGGCCUUGAGUUUCUCUCCGCUUUGGGUCCUCUCUUUCAACUGAUCGGAAAACUGGACGACAACAAUUUCCAUUUUGAGUUUCCGAUUAAAUGCCUCCCUUAUUCCAGUCAGUUGUUGUUGUCAGUUGGUGAGGUUCCACCAUUUUAUUACGGAAAAGUGCAAACAUCUUACACUGGAGGAAACCAGAGGGCACCUGACCACAUACAACUCACUGCUUUUGAAUAUUACAUAUUUCAUUUUGCGUAUUACCUCAUUUACACACAGACCAGUGGGAAUUCUCAAUCUCAUUUCCCCUGGUCUCCAUUACAUGAUUGCCUGUAUGCUUCUCUCCUUGAUAAUUACUUCUAUUUCUAUUUGCCAGUGAACGGUCUCCUACCAGCACCCCACAGGACAGCUCCUUCUUUAUCUUCCCCAGGACAAGGUCCUUUAUAUGGGGCUUCUCCUCAAAGCCACACCCCCUUAGGUUUACUAAAGUACAGUGGUCACCAGAGAGGAGGCGUGGCUCAUUCCAGCCCGGGCUCCGCCCCUUAUGUUAACGAGCUAGGAAUGCAAACUGAGUUAUUUGUUAAGACUUUGAUUGAGUUUUGGUUGACUCCAGAAUCAUCUCAAACUGGAAGGCGUGUGCCAUUCUCACAAAGUGUUGGUGUGUCGCUGGAGCAGGUUCGGUUCAUUAGAAUGUUUUUGAAACACGUCCUCUUCUUUACUAAUGGAAGAGAAACUCAACAAACCACACCUACUUCUUUGUUUCAUUCACCUUUAGUGACUGUCACUGAAACACUCAGACAAUCCAUUAUUGUUAAUAUUGUUCAAAAGCCAAUUUAUCAAUUCAUUAAAAACGGACUUAAGCACUGGCCACUGGACGAAACAUUCCGCUAUGUGCUGGAGGUGUGGCUAACAUUCCUCCAGCCAUGGAGGUACACAGACCCUACGAAACCAUCCUCAGAGAACAGAGAAGCACUGGAGUCAGUUCCCAAGAGGUGGAGACAGUACGUCCUGGAAAACCUCCCCUUUUAUACAACCCUUUACCUCCUGUUCAUUGAGAGAGCAUUCCAGCUGGACCUGAGCUCCAAUGCUGGAGUGAUGCUACUGUUCAGGGUUGCUAAGGUUUUUGCACAGCCAAGCCUGACUGAUUUUAUCAGAAAUGGAGAGGAGAUUUAUUUAUCAGAUGCUCCUGACAUUUCCUCUCCCUCUCUCUCCCCCUCUCUCUCCUACUCCUCCUCCAAUAUUAAAUAUAUCUUUGAAUAUCUUGAAGGCCCUGCCUUUAUUUAUCAACCUGUCUUUGAUCAACUUAUUUACCAAGCACUCCAGAUCCUCCUUGAAAAUAUUCAACAAUCCCGGAACCAGUUGCUGUCUAAAAAUGGUCCCCCUCAGGGGCCUGAGACUACAAAAAAUAAAAAGUCCUGGUUUUCAUCAUUCUUUAAUGAACUCUUUAACCCACCUGAGAUUGACACACCCACUCAACCAGUUGAUCCAGUCAAACUGGUUUCACAGUUGGAUUCAAUCCAGACUAACCUGAGACGCUUCUUUAAGCUCCCUGGUUCUGAUGGAUAUGGUAACCCGUCUUUCACAUCUUUUGAUGGAAGUCCUUCUCUUCACCAUCCAACUCCCUCAGCCUCUAAUCUCGGUCAGUAUGUUGACCACACCCACCUGGCCACACCUCCUGAUUCAAUAGAGGCCGAGUAUGUGGAAGGUUCUUGUAAAUUAACUCCAGAAGGAAGACACCAAGUGAAAUCUGGCGUUAGAGUUUGCGAUAGAAAUAAAGUGAUGCCGUUGUGUGAUCCGAUGCUUCAACCAAUCAGAUCUUACGAGAACAAAGCACUCGUCCGACUGUUAUACAAAGUAUCAGUACAUCUUAAUAACAAGUUCUCUCAUCAGUUGGCAGUGGUUGGUUCCAGUGAUAGGUUUCUCUAUAAGCUCCUCCGUCAGUUCCUUGCUCCUCCUCACGUUCCUCUCUCCUCCUCUUCCCCCGUCCCUCCUCCUGUUCCGGUCACGCCUACUUCUAAGAGCGUUCCUUUACUCUUGGCCAAUGAAAAUGAGGGUGUGGCUCACCCACGUAUUAAUUUGCGAGUUUUUGGCUCCUACUAUACGCUAUCGUACAUGAUAUUAUGUUUCUUGGUAAUUGGUAUGACAGGUGUACCUCUUCUACUAGUGUUUCUUCUACUUUUACUCUCUCUUUUCAUGUAUUCACUCAUCAAGUACUGUCUCUCACGUAACUAACAGUCACCUCACAUUAAUCGUUAAUAAUGAUUGAUCUUCAUCAUCAUGAUUAUCCUCUUUUUGAUUUGGUUUCUAUAGUAACCAGACAUGCUCCUCCCCCUCA